UAUGUUCGAAACUAGUUGGUGGUCAAGGUCAAGGUCCCCUUCGUUCAGAGCUCGUUGGUGGCAUUUUUUCCCCUUCGUUCAGACACUACAAGAAAAGCGCUCCUUAGCAGCGCCCAAAUUCCAGCGUCUCCCCAAACCGCUGCAGGUUGAUGGAGGAGCUGCGGUUUUUGUAGCGGAUUCUCUGUCCGUCAAAGUCUGGACUCCAUAGCUGCGGUCUUCUGCCCCAAACGCAGCAAAUCACAUGAAGAUCAGAUCUGACAAAACAACAAAGAAUUAUUGGAGGAAGCCAGAUCCAAUUUCCCUCGUUUACGCGCGAACCCAAAAGGGAAAAAAGGCGCCAAUUGCCAGGUCCAAGACCCACUCCCGCGGUAAACAUUCCUUCUGUCAGCUGCAGCCGCCAUAUCGUUUCGGGUCGCAGAUCUGCUGAAGCUGCUGCAUAUCUCCUGCGCGCAAAAGGAGGGUGGGUAGGCACGUCGGUUGUUGUUCGUUCCUCCGCCGUGCACGUCCCGGUGUCCUCGCGAGGCUUUUCGACCGCCCCGGUGUCGUCAUCCUCAACCUUCCCCCUGUACACUGUUGUGCGCCGCUCAACCGCACCCUCUCCUCCCUUUCAGGAUAAAAUUAAAACCCUUGAAGCAGGUUCUCCGACGAGCGGAUAUCUCGGGGAUUUGAAAUAAAUUAUCUAGGGUGCAUCCUUGUACCUUCAACUGUCACAGUAUAUAGCUGCCGGAGUUAACUGUUGAUUGGCAAGAAUCUGGAUGGUUAUUAUGCUCACUUGUUUCAUGAUGGGGCUUAUCAGGGAAAUUGGAAGAGAGAGACUUCUUUCUUUGCGGCACUAGCAUCUGGUUUUCCAAGGCAAUGGUUCAGGCAUCUCCAUUCUCCUCGCUGGAGCACGCAACAUCAUAUGCAAGGGACUUAUGGUUCAACAGGUCACCUAUUCAAUCAUGGCUGGAUGUGUUCUCUGCACACCUGCACAUAGAUGAGGCUGCUAAGUUUGCGCCUGGGCCCAUUAUGUUGGAGCUGGAGCAAUUCGGAAGAAAGUACCGCAGGAAAUUUGGCUUUGUGUUCAUAACUAGUACAAACAAGAAGCUGUCGCACCAAAUACUGGAUGAGGUGAAGGCACGCUACGAGAAUCCUCUUUCUGUUGAAAUUGGUAUUACGUCUCGGGAGGAAUUCAUCCUUAUAGAGAGAAAGCUUGCACGACUUUGGGACCGUUUAAUUCAAGAGAAUGUUCGAGAGACUCCAGAAGAAUCAGGGGAGGUAGUUCAAGACUCGAUGGAGGAGGACGACGUUGUGAACAACGAUAGUUCCGAGGAGGUUGUAUCUACUGUUAACAAAGCUCCGAAAAUUACUUUUGACCUCAAUAAAAUACCAGAAGAGAAUUGCUUCGUUUGAGAGAUGUUGUAUAGACUUGUUAGUUUGUUCUUGUUAGAUACAGCUAAGUUUUUUCAGUAUAUGAGUUGACCUGGUUAUUGACAACAUUGGCGUGUAAUUGGUAUACUCUGACUUAACAAAUUUGUGUUUUUAGUUGGUGUGAGCCUGGUGAGGUAGCAAGGAACAUGUUCUAGUUUAAAAUUACGUAUAAAUAUAUAUCCCAUUUAGUUUUUGGUGACUUGAAAUUAUUUUGAGACAACAUUCAA